UUGGCUUCAUAAGAACUGCAACGGUUCGUGAGACAUCGUUGUGGAAGAUGUCUCGUGUUGGAUACUAAACGCGUUUUGUCUUGAUUGUCCCUUGGCGCUUGCCGUAGCCACAUAAUCGACCAAUGUUUUCAAGGUAUGUACAGUGUACUUUGAAUCAUGCCGAUGACUGGCAAUAAAAGCAGGCGUCUAAACUCCAUCAGUCAGGUGCUGCUGACUCUUCUUAUACUUAACUGUCUACAGUGUCACUCCAGGCCUCACAGUUACGACAGCAAACCGCUUUCAGAAAUAUCCAAAGAGAUCUUUAAGUACUCUGACAUCGCUCAGCGAAUCAUAAACCUAGCAGUACAUGGAAAGGCUCAGAACCGUUCCUAUGAGAGGCUGGCUGAGUUCACUGACACUAUUGGAAACAGAGUCAGUGGCUCUAAGAACCUAGACCUGGCCAUUAAGUACAUGUACAAUGCCCUGACACAGGACAGACUGGAGAAUGUGCAUCUAGAGCAAGUGAAGAUCCCUCACUGGGUGCGCGGGGAGGAGAGCGCGGUGAUGCUUCUACCGAGAAACCACACUUUAGCCAUACUUGGGCUUGGUAGUAGUGUAGGUACUCCUCCAGGAGGUUUAGAGGCAGAGGUAAUGGUGGUGGAGUCUUUUGAAGAGCUCAAAAAGAAAGCGAGUGAGGCUAAAGGGAAAAUUGUUGUGUAUAACCAACCGUUUGUGAGCUAUGGGGAGACCGUGGCCUAUCGGGCUUCAGGGGCCUCAGAGGCUGCUAAAGCUGGAGCCGUGGCUUCACUUAUCCGUUCAGUAACUCCAUUCUCCAUCAACAGCCCCCACACUGGCUGGCAGUGGUACCAGCCUGGAGUGCCUCAGAUUCCCACUGCCUGCAUCACUGUCGAGGAUGCCCAGAUGAUGGCCAGGAUGGUCCGCAGAGGCCAGAGGAUUGUGGUGCGUCUGACUAUGGGGGCCCAAACACUGCCAGAUGUUGACUCCUACAACACUGUGGCUGAAAUCACAGGCAGCAAGCAUCCUGAACAGGUGGUGCUGCUCAGUGGUCACCUGGACAGCUGGGACGUGGGCCAGGGCGCUAUGGAUGAUGGAGGUGGGGUCGCCAUUUCCUGGGAAGCACUUUCUUUGAUCAGAGACUUAGGGCUGCGUCCCAAAAGAACACUGAGGACGGUGCUGUGGUCCGCGGAGGAGCCAGGCGGGGUGGGAGCUGCUCAGUACUUCCAACAGCACAAAGCAAACAUCUCGAACUUUGACCUGGUAAUGGAGUCUGACCUGGGCACCUUCAGUCCACUGGGACUGCAGUUCACUGGCAGUGACAAAGCUCGGGCAAUCAUGAAGGAGUUGAUGAAACUGUUGGCUCCCAUCAAUGUCACAUCGCUUGAAGAACAUGGAGAGGGGACAGACAUUAACAUGUGGAUGAAGGCUGGGGUUCCAGGCGCCAGCCUGCACACUGCAGACCAGAGGUACUUCUGGUUCCACCACAGCGACGGUGACACAAUGAGCGUUCAAAACCCAGAGGAGAUGAACCUGUGUUCUGCUGUUUGGGCUGUGGUGGCCUAUGUGGUCGCUGACCUGGAGGAAAUGCUCCCCAGAUAGUGAGUCACUCACAAACAACUGAACUAACCCCUGUCCAUCAGCUUAUAGCAGUCGGUCGAUCACAUCAUUACCUUGAGAAUUCUCUGUCUAAUUCAUCAUAACCUCAGGUACACUCCUGAUCACUCCACUGUCAUGUAAUAUAUACUUCUACUUCGAUACUUGUGGAAUUUCCUUUUUCAUUUUCUAUUGUCUAAUUUAGUUUUAUAAUGUGAAAUUACUGUAUGUCAUUUCUAUUAAUAUUUUAUUUACUGAUUUGUCAAUUCUGUAAAAAUAAGUGGUUCAUAAUGUAUAUUAAAAUUACAUUAAAACAACACCAAAAUCUGUGGCUAAAAUUAGCUUGGGAAGUCUUGGCUUCACAAUUUCAUGUAAACAGUGACAAACUGUGUAAUGGUAUUAUGAUGUAAUUUUCCACAAACUGAGUAUGUCUUAGUCAUCAGAACAUCUGACUUCCCCUUGGAAACUAAGCCUAGUUCUCCUUUCCUAAAACAAACAACAAGCAAACAAAAAGUAAUGGAUAUGCUACUGUUUAUUCAUACUUCAACAUAAGCUGUUAUUAAAGAGUUAGAUGAAAAUCAUCCACCUGAGAGAUUUCUUUCCCUCCAUUAAAAGUCCACUCCACCAAACUUUAACACUUCAAAAGUCCAAAUGAAUAAGCAGUUUAGUCCAAGUCUACUGAAGAGACGCAAUAGCUUUAUAUGAUUAACAGAUUUAACUCAGGGUUUUAUUCAUAUAUAAAAAUUGAUCAGCGCACAUAGUGUACACUGUAUACUAUAAUAUAUACUAUAUUAUCCAAUGUGGUAAGCUUUGGCUUAUUGUGUGUAUUGAUCGAUGUGUAAGUAGAAGGAUAAAUUAAAUCUAUUUUAUUCUAUUUAAGGGAUUGUGAUUCUUAAGAAGACAAUUAGGCUGCACAAAUGAUAUGGACUAAUUUUAUGAUGUCUUUAUGAACUCUCUGAAGCUUACAAAUUUUUGUAUGAACUUGCAUGAACUUUUAAUUUAGGGACAGAAAUCUCUCAGGUUUCCUUUUCUGUGUGUUUCCUAGGUGAACAAAAGUUAAAUUGGUUUGGAAUAACAUGAGGGUGAGAAUUAAAUUCUAAAUUAAAUUUACAACACCGUACUGCUUGAGCUGCAAGCAAAAAUUCUCAUGUUGGCUUGUUUUUCAUUACUUAAAC